GAAGCAUUAUCACCGGACGAGAAAGAGUGAGAAAAGUCGUAAUAAUAUCUGUUCGUCUUAUUUGGUAUAUUUUCCGAAAAAUAAAAAAAAAAAUCUCAGUCAAACAAAUCUCCUAAAAAAUCCCACGACAUUUCCAUCCCUUCGCCUUCAAAUUAAAUUACGCGUGAUUUCAAUCAUACGGAAAAACUCUAGCCUUCUUUCUUUCUUUAGAGCUUGGUCAAUGCAGCUUUUUAUUUCCAAAUUAUAUUCUUCUUUCCCUUUCAUUUCGGGCCUCCUUUACUGUAACAAAACCUGACUCAGUCCAUUUUUUCUUCUUCUUACUGUACAAGAUAUUUCUUUGCUUUUUUCUUUUUGUUCUUCUGUAGUUCAUACCCUGAAUUCAGCGUCUCUCUUUAGCAGUUAAAUUCUUUGUUAGGUAUAUAUAAAAUUGGGGUAUUGUUUGAGAUAAAAUUUCAAGUCUUGGAAGAAUAAUGGGAGGUGUUUGCUCUGGUGGAACAAAAGAGCGGAAUAUAAAGCUUGAACAAAAGCCUGCAACAGGAUUUUCAGGGAAGCUCAAGUCUAAAAAGAGCUUUGAUAAGCAAAAUGGAAAUUCUAGUUCACGUUCCCAUACCAGUGGCGAUGGUUUUGACAAAGCGCGGCAAAGGCACGAUUCUGGUGACUUUUUAUUGCAAUUUUCCCGGGAAUUGAAGCCAUCAACACCUGCCAGGACAGUAGCUUCGAAGUUUUCUCAGAAGAGCACAUUUCUAGGAAGAGCUGGCAUUAUAGGCCUCGAAAGGGCAGUUGACGUUCUAGAUACACUUGGAAGUAGCAUGUCAAAUUUGAAUGCUGGAAGUGGCUUUGGUGCUGGCCUGGCUUCUAGAGGGAAUAGAAUAUCUAUCUUGGCCUUCGAAGUGGCUAAUACCAUAGCUAAAGGAGCAAAUUUAUUGCAGUCACUUUCAAAAGAAAACAUCCAAUUCCUAAAAAAGGAUGUCCUACAUUCAGAAGGAGUACAAAAGCUAGUUUCUACAAACAUGACAGAGUUACUAAGUAUUGCUGCAGCUGACAAGAGGGAUGAAUUGGAUAUUUUUUCACGUGAAGUAAUUAGGUUUGGAGAUCUAUGUAAAGAUCCACAAUGGCACAACCUUGGCCGAUACUUUUCAAAACUAGAUAUAGAGAAUUCAUUUCAUAAACAAACUAGAGCUGACGCAGAAAUGACAAUGCAAGAACUAACUACUCUCGCUCAGCAUACCUCUGAAUUGUACCACGAAUUGAAUGCUCUGGACAGAUUUGAUCAAGAUUAUGGGCGAAAGCUGGAAGAACUAGAGUCCUUAAAUCUCCCUAAAAGAGGAGAGAAUAUCAUGAUUUUACAAAGUGAGCUAAAACAACAAAGAAAGCUUGUAAGGAGUUUGAAAAAGAAAUCUCUUUGGUCUAGGACUUUGGAAGAGAUCAUGGUGAAGCUUGUUGAUAUUGUUACUUAUAUGCAUCAAGCAAUAUUUGAAGCUUUUGGAGACUCAGCAUCAGUUAAAAAGGAGACUACUGAAAUUCCUCAAAAUCUAGGUGUUGCUGGUCUUGCAUUGCACUAUGCUAAUGUAAUUCAUCAGAUCGACAACAUUGCAGCUCGCCCAGCCUCCCUUCCACCUAAUAUCAGGGACACAUUAUACCAUGGAUUGCCACCCACGGUUAAGAAAGGUUUAAGGUCCCAAUUACAGUCUAUUGACACCAAAGAAGAGCGCUCAAUUUCACAGGUCAAGGAUGAGAUGGAAAAGACACUACAGUGGCUUGUUCCAGUAGCCUCAAACACAACUAAAGCACAUCAAGGUUUUGGAUGGGUUGGAGAAUGGGCAAACAAUGGCAAUGAAUUUGGAAGAAGUGCAGCCAAAAAUAUUACUCUCACCCGCCUUCAGACACUUUAUCAUGCAGAUAAGCAGAAGGCAGAUGCAUACAUCCUUGAACUGGUGGCAUGGCUUCAUAAUUUGAUCAGCUUAGUAAAACAAAGAGAUCAUGGCUUCAAGCCUCAGCCAGUUCGAUCUCCUACUUAUAAAGGUUCCGCAUUUCACUCUAAGAUGCAGCGAUUUCUAUCCUUGAAUGGUGGUACAAAAGCCCACAGGAUCGAACUUUCUCAAGUAGACAGAAACUUAUUGAACAAGGUGACUGCAAGGAGACUGGUUCCAGGAAUUAGCAAAAGUCAGGAAUUUCCUUUAGGAAAAAACAAAAGGAUCAAGGUUUGGGCAUUAAGUAGGAGUGCUGGCAACUCUCCUGAUAGCAGUUUUAAGGCAAGAAAGAUUUUGAAGCAUCCUCAAACAAAUAUAUUGGAUGUCAUGGAUGGUUUAGAUCUUGCAAUUUGAGAGUUACGUUAAAAAAUUUCACCCUAGCCCUUUUGUCUAAUUCUUAAGAUUCAUUUCACAUCUCUACAUCUCGUUCUUCUCAUUCUACUGUAUGUUAUACCGUGAGAUUUAUUCUAGAGUGUAUAUAUAGUACCUUCAAUAUAUUUGGUGGUAAUUUUAUUGAAAUGAUGUUAGAAUUGUCUGAGUUUCUUGGCUAGAGAUGGGUGGUUUUGGCACAUAGCUUGAUACAUGCUUGAACCAUGCAGAAGGUUUCCACCCAAAAGAGUAUUAGACGCUUAUGUCAAAUAGUGUGAACUGGCAGCAAUCUCAACUGGGUUACCAACAACAACCAGAGCCUAACCAUUCACAACAGAGAAUUAACCAGCCUCUGUCAGGCUUUAGUCAGCCAUAUUCUACCAUAGACCAACCUUACUCCGGGUUUAAUCAGCCAUUUUCUACUUUCAAUCAGCCUUAUGGGGCUCAGUGGAUAGCACUCCUUUUGGUUAUAGGGUUUCAGGGUAGAACACUUGCUUUCGAGGUGCUGUCAAGGUUUCUCUACUUCAAUGGUUUACUUUGGGUUUCUUGUUUAGAAAUUCGUGGCAGAGCGAUGAACAACAAACCCAUAAUGAUCUAUUCGAUAGACGUUAAUGUAUCUAAUUCUAUUCCAUGUUUAUAUGUGAUGAGUAAAUUUAAUUUAAAAUCCUUUCUUACAUGCUCAUAAAUUAGCAUCUUUGAACUCUAAUAUCCGCAAUGCUUUGAGGAUUUCUGAGCUUUUCCCCUAAUAAAAAAAAGUAUAAAAACCAAAACUUGAACUGAUUGUAAUUAAUUGUCCUUCAAGAUUGGGAUCAGGUGGUAAAGAGGAGAGUGUCCAGAUGUCGUAACCAGGCGUUGGAGCGGACACCCAUCUCGCAGCGUUUGCGAGUAACGACCACUCAUCAUAUCCCG